ACAAAGAGUAGCCUCAGCCAAACAGAAAGUGGAGUUCAAUGGCUGCUUUCCGCGCCGUGCUUCGUCACAUACACAUAAACGCCAACAACUGCUUCGCUCCACCGUCGAGUUUAGGUGCCACGUGGCAGUUUCUUAUUCCCGCUAAACCCUCCAGAACAGUUAAAUCCCGUGCUGGUUUAGACAACUACAAAUUAGUGGUGAAUAAAGACGAGCGUUUGGAGUGUGUCGACCAAAUUGGGAGUGGCAGCGCCACCACGAUUGCGGCCAUCGUAACGUCCGUUGGAGGCCCCCCCGCCGCCGUUGGAAUCGUUCGACUUUCGGGCCCUGCCGCAGUGUCUAUUGCGGGCCGAGGGUUCAGGCCCACCAGGAAGACGUGGCGGCCCACCAGCCACGUCGUGGAAUACGGCGUCGUGUUGGACUCCGAGGGAAAUGUGAUCGACGAGGUCCUUGCGGUGCCGAUGCUUGCGCCGAGGUCGUACACUCGCGAAGACGUGGUUGAGCUUCAGUGCCACGGCAGUGAAGUGUGUCUGCGUCGCGUGCUGAGGAAGUGUUUGGAAGCCGGAGCAACGCUUGCUCAACCAGGCGAGUUCACUCUUCGCGCAUUUCUUAACGGUCGUUUAGAUCUCUCACAAGCCGAAAAUGUUGCGAGAUUAAUCGCAGCUAAAUCCGUGGCGGCUGCAGAUGCUGCACUGGCUGGAAUUCAGGGUGGUUUCUCAUCUCUUGUUGGAUCAUUGAGGAGUCGGUGCAUUGAGUUGCUCACUGAGAUUGAAGCUCGUUUGGAUUUUGAUGAUGAGAUGCCACCUCUGGAUUUGAAUUUGAUUAUGGAUAAAAUCAAUAACAUGUCACGAGAUGUUGAAAGUGCAUUGGAGACGGCAAAUUAUGACAAGCUUCUGCAAUCUGGAUUGCAGAUUGCAAUUGUUGGCCGCCCAAACGUUGGCAAGUCAAGCCUUCUUAAUGCAUGGAGCAAAAGUGAGAGGGCAAUAGUUACUGAAAUUGCUGGAACCACUCGUGAUGUGAUUGAAGCUGGUAUCAGUGUCAGUGGCAUUCCUAUAAACCUUCUUGAUACAGCAGGCAUAAGGGAUACUGAUGACAUUGUAGAGAAGAUCGGCGUAGAGCGAUCAGAAGCAGUUGCUAGGGGUGCUGAUUUAAUUAUCAUGACUGUGAGUGCCGUUGAAGGGUGGACAUCUGAAGACACCAAACUUCUUGAAAGGAUUCAAUCUGCUAAGGGAUCAACUGGAUCAUCCACCCCAGUAAUCCUUGUGGUCAACAAGAUAGAUUGUAAACCUUGUGCUGAGACUGAAUGGGACAAAGGAUGUCACAGUCAUAAUAUUUUCAGUAAACAUGUGUUUACAUGUGCUGUCACUGGUCAAGGAUUAGAAGAGCUAGAGAGGGCAGUAUUACAGAUUGUGGGUCUUGAAGGCAUUCCUGCUGGGGGUCGCAGAUGGACUGUCAAUCAGAGACAAUGUGAACAACUUGUUCGGACCAAGGAAGCACUUGCAAGGUUACAAUCAUCAAUAAAGGAUGAACUGCCUCUGGAUUUUUGGACAAUUGAUUUGAGGGAUGCUGCAUUGUCCCUUGGACAGAUAAGUGGAGAAGAUAUAUCCGAAGAAGUUUUAUCAAAUAUAUUCGGCAAGUUCUGUAUUGGUAAAUAGAAGGCUCCCACUAUGUAUUUGGUAAUUUUUAGCAUAGUUUUCUUUAUAUCAUUUCAAUCAUAUAGGAUGCUAAAUUCCAUCUGGGUCUGUACAUCUCCCAUGAAUUUAAAGCCAUGGUAAUCAGUUUUGUUGUAUAUUUCUCAUACUGAUAGUGAUAGUAUCACGGGAACCCUCCCCUUUCGGUUGGGAUCAUUAAAUUAAUUUUAUAACUUUUAAAUCAAA